AUCAAUUAUUCGCGGCGAAAGGUCCGCACUCCGCGGAGUUGUGCGUUACGUUCUGUACGCGUCAACAUCAGCUGUUGUUUCGCUCUCGCGUAAAAUGACAGUUUCGUGGAGGUUCAUAAUGUGGAAAUCGUUUUCGUGAGGAUGCUUCGUGUAUCGCGGAGGUGAGCCUUUUCUUCUGGAUAAAAUGAACGGAAGUCUGGGAAUAAUGCGCGGACCAGAGCAACAUCCACAGAGGUUCGCGGAUUAUUUUGUCAUAUGUGGACUGGACAAAGAUUCUGGCUUAGAGCCAGAUAAGUAUUUCGGUGAUUCUUUACAAUGUACACCUCUAGACCGAGCAUAUAAAAGUAAAGUAUUGGGACACUAUCCAGAUUCUGUUCCAUGGAAUCCUUUUGACGAACAUGCUGUUUGCAUGCUCUGUCUACCGAGUGGCCUGAAAUUUCGAACACAGAAACAUUCGGUGGAGCCAACGUUCCAUUCGUUCGUGCUCACGAAAGAGGAUGGACACAGAACUUACGGGUUCAGCCUUGUCUUCUACGAGGAGUGCAGAAAUCGAAAGAUAUGUGCAGCUAUGCAAACCCUUCAAGCGAUGCACAUCACGGAACUUAGCAGCGGCCAAAAUGGUACACCACCAACGGCAAGGAAAGGCCAGGACGGACAUAACACGCGAUCGUUGCCACGGCAUUUCAAGCUAUCAGCACAUUCACCAAGUGCUGCGUUAGGCUACUACGACUCCACCAAAGACAAGUUGCUAGUGACUAAAUCGAUAUCCUUGCUAUGCCAGCAACCUUACCUUCAUGCCGCGAAAACGUUCCUCACUAAUCUCUACAAAUGUGUUCCUAGACAUCCAGGACCUGGUCUUAGUUUAGAAUCCUAUGUAUACAAUCUGUUGUACAAUGUGCCGGUACCAUUGCCUGGAAAGUCGUUAAAGUUCUUCGUUCCCAACGAUGAACCAGCAAAAUCGCCUUUAGAGCUAGUUAUCCAUCAACCGACGCCAUCACAAGAAUUACCGAUGUUAGAUUAUCCUCUGAAAGAUAUGUUCACAUGGCUUGGCGCGGACUGCGUGAUCCAAUUAUUCACGUGCGUCCUAUUAGAGAAUCAAGUUUUGCUCAGGAGUUCGGAUUUCCACAAGCUGAUGGUGGUAUCUGAGUGCAUAACGGCGCUUCUAUUCCCAUUUUCCUGGCAACAUGUGUACGUGCCGAUAUUGCCUGCCAGUCUAUAUCAUUUCUUGGACGCACCAGUACCGUUUAUAAUGGGUUUACACGCGCAAAGCGAGGGCGGUGUAUUGAAAAUUGCCAGCGAAGCAAAUCUUUGUUAUGUAGAUAUAGAUAAGCAAAGUAGCCAAUUUCCAGAAGAAUUACCUGUAUUUCCUCAUAAAAUGCAAUUUAUUGAUGAGAUUAGAACUCUCUUAAACAAGUACAAAGUACCACUCACGGGAAAGACUGAUAAUAUGGUCAUAAAUCAUUAUAAUGGUGACAUCAUGACUAGUAGUCUGACACUUCCUGGUUCUGGAUUUCAUCUUCCUCGCAGAAAACAUUCUUUACACGAUGUUUUAGAUUGGGAUCGACCGGAACCAACAGCACAAUCAGACACUUUACAAAGGAUAGUAGAUAUUGUUAAAAGAACGGGGGUAAAUGUAGAAGAUAUUGAUUCAGUGGAAGACAACGUGAAGGAACGAGUACUUUCGCCUCAAGAAGAAUAUCAAGAGACACUUAUGUUUAAUAAUGCUAUUAGGGAAAUUUUUUUGAACCGUUUUGUACAGAUUUUUUCUAGUUACGAGCAUUUUGUUAUUCAGCCAAGUCAAGAUAAAGAUGAAUGGUUGAAUAAUAGGGACAGUAUGCAUGUUUUUGAUAAAGCUACAUUUUUAUCCGAUCAACCCACGCAGCAUUUACCAUUUUUAUCAAGAUUUCUAGAAACGCAAAUGUUUGCAUCUCUUGUUGAUAGCAAAGUUAUGUCAACAUGGAGUGAACUUGAUUUUAACAUACGAGUUUUUGAUCAAAGAAUUUCUUUUUUAAGAAAAAAAAUUGGGGAGGGUAUUAUACGAUCUACACGCUAUGAAUCUUGUACAAGUAUCGAAGAAUCACAAAAAAUAUUGGAACAGAGAUUAACAAAUGUUGAUUUUGAAACAAAUCCACCUACUGAAAUUCUUCCUCAUAGAGCAGCAUAUUUCCGAAGUUUUCCUUUAUUAGAUAGUGUUGCUUUAAAUAAAGAACCAGCUCAAAGUAUACUUCGUAGUCGAAGAGGUCAAACUCAAUGGAAAUAUAAAAUGAAAUCCAUAGAAUCAAAUGGAAAGAAUCAGGUACCUCAAGAAACUCAAUCACCUCGACCUCAAACUAAGUUAUCCGCGGAUAUGAGUCCAGCAUUAAUAGCACAAGCAAAUUGGACGUUUGUUGAAAAAUUGCUCAAGGAUUGUAAAUCAAAAACAAAAAGAAUGUUGGUUGAAAAAAUGGGUUCCGAAGCAGUUGCAUUAGGUCAUGGAGGUGAAUCUUUAUCGGAUGUCGAAGAAAAUACAUUAGUCGCUAGUCUCUGUGAUCUUUUAGAACGAGUUUGGAGUCAUGGAUUGCAAAACAAACAGGGGAAAAGUGCUCUUUGGUCGCAUCUUACCAUGUAUCAAGCAUUAAAAGUAGAAGAAUGUAACGAUCCGAAUAAACCUCUAGAUUCUAACUUUCUUUGUCCUGCAUUAUCGUGGUGCGUGGAGCGGAAGCGAUUCGAUUCCAAGAAAUCACCAAAUAAAUUUUUUGGAUUACCGGAGCGUUUAAUUUCAUCCUUAAAGGGCAAAAAUAUUUUUGAAAUUGCUUCUUAUAUCAAGGAGAAUUUUAAUGUAACAGAUCUACCGAAUUUGGCAUUGGAGAUCGAUUCACCAACACGAGGCACGGAUAAGCACAAGUCUCCUGGAGAUAAAAAAGUCGGUCCUGAACAAUUUUCUUUACUUUUUGAUAUUCGAAAUGUACAAGCAAUGACUGAUAUUAAAACGCAUAUUGGAUAUGCCAGAGCUUGGGUUCGAUUAGCACUUGAAAAAAAAUUUCUUUCUCGUCAUUUGAGAACCUUAUUAUCAGAUAAUAGAUUGUUAAGAAGUCAAUAUAAACGUUCGGCAUUUUUACGUUGUGAAGAAGAAAAGGAACAAUUCUUAUAUCAUCUUUUAACAUUAAAUGCAGUUGAUUAUUUUUGUUUUACAAAUAAUUAUCCGACUACAAAAUUGCCAUACAGGGUUGUUAUAUUUCCUAGUCGAAAAGCUAGCGCAGCUACCACUUCAGCAAAUAGCUGGAUUGCUAUUUCUGGCACACUUUGUGAAACAAAUCCAGUUCCAAUACCAAAGGGUGCAUUAGAAUUUGUAUUUCAUCAUAAAAAUUUAGGUGUGCUUUCCACAUUACGCAUAGGACAUGACAAUACCGGUCUUUCGCCUAAAUGGAUGGUAGAAUACGUCGUAAUAAGAAAUGAAGUUACAGGACAUACAUUUAAAUUUCCUUGUGGUAGAUGGCUUGGCAAAGGUAUUGAUGAUGGAUCUACCGAAAGAUUAUUAGUAGGCGCCCUGAUACCACGUAAUAUUGAAGAAUUGGUUGAGUCAUGUUCAACACCACCAAGAUGUAGAUCUCCUAGCAUACCUAGACGUCCCAUAUUAUCUCAAGUUGAAUUACAACAUAUGUUGGGAGAAUCUGUAAAUGCAAUUGUCAAAUUUCAUUAUAGAAGGGAAUGUCAAGAUGGUUCUUUGACUGCUCUACUUUGUGGAGAAGGUGGUCUUGUACCAUCAUUAGAACAAAUAUUUUUAUUUGGAUUUAAAAAUCAAAGGAUAUUUGGGAAAAACUUUUAUGUUUGGGAUUAUCUCUUACGUAUAAAAGAAAAUUUUGAAAUUUCUUUAUUGGAACAAAUGGACGAAUAUUCUCAGAGGCUUAAUAGAGAUAGACGAAUUCAUGCAGAAAAUAAUCAAAGAUUUGCAACUUUAAGAUGUUAUUGUCAUCUAAUCGAUCAAAUUAAUAUGUUUAGUCAAACUCUUGGUAAAGAUGGAAAAUUUCAAUUAUUUAUAUGUUUAGCAGCGAGAGAGCAGCUUCUUCAUUCUAUGCUUCGACCAAUGAGCGAAGCGCGUUCUACCGCGGAUAUGUAUGAAGAAACUUCUUUUUUAAGAAAUUCUACAUUAUUAAAUUUCCUCAUUCAUAUUCUUGAACCUUUAAGUGAAUUUCAUAUUGUUCUUGAAAAGAGUUUAACUCAUGGAAUUUCUAGUAUAUGUUAAUUUAUCAUAAACAUUCCAAUAAUUAGGAUAUAUUUCUUUGAAAUGGCACAAUUUACAAAAUUCUAAAUAAUAUGAG